AUGAAAGGUCAUGGUGAAGCUGCAGUGACGCUGCAGCGCGCAUGGAACCAUGAUCCGCAGAGCUUGCCGUUCGCUCCCUACAUCCGAACACAUGCACUGGUCUCUCUGGAUGGGAACCCAGCACCAUUUACGCCAUCAAAAUAUUUCUUUGGUCCAGUACCGUUGGAGUUGGAAAUGCCAAAAGGUCCAGUGGCUCCCGAGACUGGUGCUGCCACUGAUCAAGCGCCUGUUUCGCCUACUAGUAAAGCCGCGCGAGAAGGCGGCGUCAGUAAUGGUCACCUGAUAGCCGAGGCUGGUGCUCCACCCACCACGGUCAAGAAAGCCCGCAAGGGCGAUCGUGCAGAAACCAAUGGAGAUGAAGUUCCUAUGGAGGUCGAUUCUGAUGGCGCGAUAACCGAAAAGAAAUUGCCUGUUACGGGGUCACCAUCGCCGGCCGAGAUGGUGGUGGACGGAGACGGCGAUGUGAGCAUGGAUGUACGACCCGACGUGCAGCAAGAGCAGGAAGCAGCCGCGGCGCCAACCUUCACUCUGACGACUGGCCACAGCGUGGGUGUCCAGAUUAGCCCCGCCAAGGCCGCUGACCUCAGCCCCAACACCGCCAUUUUGGAUGUGGCUGGUGAUGACCACGUGACUCGCACGCUGUGGCGCCCCCACGAUCCCACCACUCUCGUUGCGGCCGGAGACACAUUCUGCAGCUUGUGGAAGUUGCAGUCUACGUCGCCUGGUCCGGUGGAAGAGAAGUUGGUCGAAAGCAAAGGAGAUGGAAAUUGCGUCUCAGCGGUGGCGUGGCAUCCUAAGGGUCAGAAGUUCGCUGUGGCCACCUACAAUGACAUGAGAGGCUCCAUCACCAUGUACGAUGUGGCUGGAAAUGCCGUCGAUCUCUUGCCAGAAGUGCCGCGUAUGAUUACAGGCCUCCACUGGUCCGACAAUAGCUCUCACUUGAUUGUGGUGGCAUCAGAUAGCAAAGUCUCGGAGCUGGCGCUCUGGGAUGAUUCACUGCGACCCGAUGGGUUUCCGUCACCUCAGGUGGUUGAUGGCUCAGUCUAUGAUCUCAGCUGGCUAGGUCAUAAACAGGCCUUCGCCAGUGGUAAUGGGGUCGUUUAUCAAUGUGACGUGGACUCCAGCAUCCGUAUCGCCAAGACCUUCUCAUCCGGCGACACUGACAAAACCUGGACAUUUAUUCGCUGUGCCAAUGCAGGCUCCUCACCUGUGGCUGUGGCCGCGUCUUCCGGCACUGCUGCACUAUGGGUACCAACGCAUGACAUGCAUCUUGAUGAUGCCCAUCAAGGUGAUAUCACAUCCAUUGAGCUUCGUCCUUAUCUGGAACAAACACAGCCAACCCUCCCUGUGGUUCUUGCUUCUUCGUCCACUGAUGAUACUGUCAAGAUCUGGCAUAUUGACUUAGAUUCGAAACAAUUCACCUGUAUUCACCGCCUGAAUCUCGGGCCGUCGAUGCCGGCUCUUGCGUCAUGUUUCUCACCUGAUGGCUAUGCUAUCGCUGCGGCCAGUCGGGAUCGGUUGUCCAUCUGGAACGUGGAGAGGGGAGGCACUCCCAUGGCCACAUGGGCCAUGCCGACCCUUGCAGAGGCAACGAAAGAAGAAGGGACUGAUCACGCUGUUAACGGACACAAUGGAUCCAUCGAACCGCUGCCGGACCGUUCCCUUUCUUGGGAUACUGAUGGUAAGAAGCUUGCGUUUGGCUUUGGAAAACAGUUGGCUGUUGUAAAUUUGCAACGUUGA